AUGCCUCGAUGUAAACAUCCAGACUAUUUGAAAAAUAUCAAUACUGCAAUGAAAGAAGGCUCCAUUAAUACUUGUGCUCGAAAAGCAGCUUUUCUCGCCCAAAUAGCACAUGAAAGUGCUGAAUUGGUCUAUAUGGAAGAAUUGGCUUCUGGUCAAGCAUAUGAAGGUCGAAAAGAUCUUGGCAAUACUCAAAAAGGAGAUGGAAAACGAUUUAAAGGUCGUGGUCCCAUUCAACUGACAGGUCGAGCUAACUACAGAGCAGCUGGAAAAGCUUUAGGCUUGGAUUUGAUGAAUCAUCCUGAAAGGGUCAAAACGCCUGAAGUCGGAUUUCGAACGAGUGUAUGGUUUUGGACAACACACAAAUUGAAUAAACUGGCAGAUAAGAAUACACUCACGUCAUUUCGAAUGAUCACUAAAAGAAUCAAUGGAGGUACGACCGGACAAGCUGAUCGAGAAAAGUCAUCUACAAAUACUCAUAUUAUUUGGGAAUAUAAGCUACAAAUUAAAUUUGUUAACACUAUUAUGUAUAUCACUUAUCAGGUGCUUCUAUUCAUUGUCUAUUCAACGAUUUUGAUUGAUUGCCAAGGUGGUGGUGGUGGUGGUGGUGGAGGCGGAGGUGCAGGUGCUUUUAUCGGCAGAGGUGGUUUUAGUGGUGGUAACUCUUGUAUGACUGAUGAUUGUAAACGACAUGCUAAGAUCGUUCGAGAUUGUGUUUUGGGCGGUUUUGUUGGAUUUUUACUGCUAUUGUUCAGUAUAUAUUGGUGCUGCCUACGUCACCAAGGUCGACCACGUCAAGAUAAUUCAAUCUUCAUUAACUUAGGGAAUCAAAAUAUCGACCAACAAGAAGCAUAUACACUUAAUCCUUUUCAGUCCGGCAUCUGGUCUAGUCGAUAUUUUCAAUAUGCAACAUGGCAUGGACCUUAUCAUUUUCCACUUUCAUUCGAUUCACUAUCGAUGAAAGUAACAGGAUCAGGAUCAGAUGAUGUUGGCGUAUUUACAAUCGAUGGAAUUUAUUCGUUCGACACAAAUCGAAUAGGUUUGACAAAAACAUAUCAAUUAGAUACAGGCGAUCGAUCCGAAAACUUAGGUCAUCAAGUCAUAAUUCAACUAACAUGGAAUGCUCAAAAUCGUCACUUCAAUGGCAAAUGAGAUUUGGGUGCAUCGAUUGCAGUUUAUCAUCAAGGCAAAUUAGUUGUUGAUUUAUCGGGUGGAUGGUUUGAUGAAUCACGCAAUAAACCCUAUGAUAAUGAUACAUUACAACUUGUCUUCUCAACAUCAAAAGGUGUCGUGGCUGCAACUGUUACUAUUUAUGUACAACGAGGUCUAAUUGACUAUUCAGAGUUCGUUACAACUUAUUGGCCAGAAUAUGGGCAACAUGGAAAGCAGAAUACUACGGUAGCAGAUAUUCUUUCUCACCGUGUUGGAUUACCAGACGAUUGGGCAGUUGGCGAACGAUAUCUUAAUUGGACGGCGAUGGUGCAUUCAUUAGAGCAACAGACACCAAUAAAGCCUCCGGGAACAGCCUCUCGUUAUCAACCUUAUACAUAUGGUUGGUUAGCUGGGGAACUUGUACGACGCGUUGAUCCUCAAAAGAGAACUUUUGGUCAGAUUAUUCAAGACGAAAUAGCAAAUAGACUAGAUAUUGAAUUUUAUAUCGGUCUACCAUCAGAACAACAAUAUCGUGUAUCACCACACGUUCUAGAUCGAAACGCAAUAACGACACCGAGUUGGUUAGUAUUAAUACCAUUUCACUUUUUCAAUGAACAUCGAACACAUCGAUCAGAAAUACCAGCUGUAAAUGGAAUUACCAAUGCUCGAUCAGUUGCAAGACUCUAUGCAUCACUCAUUGGUGACAUUGAAGAUGGAAAACACAAACGAUUAAUCAAUGAGAAAAUUAUGCAGCGAGCAACAAGACAGAACACACCUCAAGAUGAGAUUGACGUGAACCUAUUUCCUAUUCCGUUUGGCAUGGGUUUCAUGCUUUACGAUCAAAUGUUUCCAUCAUUGGGUCCAGGAACAUUUGGCCAUCAAGGUAAUGCUAGAUUUGAAUGUCAGGACUUUAUUCCUUUGUUUUUUGUAGGAGCUGGUGGCAGUAUUGGUUUCGUUUCUCCUGCAAAAAAUCUUUCUUUUGCCUAUGUUAUGAAUAAAUUCAAUUCAGAAUCAACACCCAAUACUGACUUCCGAAUAAAGAUGAUAUUAGAAAAGAUUGCGACCAUCGUCAAUUCAAAUGAUUAA